AUGGAUCAGCCAUCAGUUGAACGCACGCCAGGAUGGCCGGAUACCAUCGGAGACUUGUCCCAAGCGCUGAUGGCUCUGUCACAUCCUGCCGCUAUAUACUGGGGAGAUGAUCUUAUGCUCUUCCACAACGAAGCUUGGGAAGAUGCCGCUGGCGGCGUUGAUAGGCAAAGAACGCCACAGCGGCAUGCUCUUACGACCAACGCUGUUGCCGUGCUGUUGACGGUGUCGCAUGGUGGCAAGGCAGGUGCAUUGCGGGGCGAGGAUUUGUUGAACAUUGAUCGAUGUGAGACGGAUAGCCAUGUCUUACUAAGUCAGAUACCGGGCGUGGGUGCCGACUAUGUGACUGGCGUUAUUGCCCAGUUGAUCCCUAAGAUUCAUUCUCGAAAACCGCUUGACGAUGAUCGGAAGCCUUUGUCGACCGCAGAUGACAAGGAACGCAAAGAUGCAAUGGAUGACUCGAGGGGCGGUGCUGGGGCCUCUGCGAUGAAUGGCACCAUGAAUGAAUCCGUUCAAAAGCUUGCCGAUACGUUACCAGCUGGGCUCGCCAUUAUCAACCAAAAAGAUGAGCCUGUGUUUAUCAACGGGCGCUUUCAGAACCCCAAUUCCUACCACAGUACAAAAUACUUCGAGACUCUAUCCCAGUCCAUCCACUCAGACGACUGUGGCCGAGUCGAAAGUGCUUACCAGGAGGCAUUGGCGUCCCGAUCUGAACUGCGCAUCCAGUAUCGUGUAAGAGAUCAACAUGACUGCUGGCACUUGCUGUUAUUGAAUCCGCUUGGUCAUGGCGACGUGCAAUACCCUGGUCUGGAUGAGCGUGGAGGGUUUACCUGCACGGUUGUGGACAUCACGGCCGAGAAAACCGCGGAAAUAGCACAGGCAGAGUCCGCGCGAGAAGCGCAGGAGCACAAGGAACAACAAGAACGGUUCAUUGAUAUGAUCAGCCAUGAGAUUCGGAAUCCGCUCUCCGCUAUUUUACAUUGCACCGAAGACAUCAUAGAAGCCGUGAAGGACAAGAAAGCGGACCAGAUUCAAACGGGGGAUAUCAUACAAGCGGUAGAUAUUAUAAAUCUGUGUAUCAUGCAUCAAAAGAAAGUUGUUGACGAUGUACUCUUGUUCUCCAAACUGGACGCAUCCAUGCUGACCUUAUAA